AGAUGUUGAUGGUGUCAUGAACUGGUUGCGCAACGGAAAGACCGAGUCUGAGGAUCCAACUGGAGACUUUACUCGUAUUGACCAAAUGUUGCCCAAGAAGAAGGGACAAAAGCCAAAGGACCGCGCCUGUGAGAUUGAAAGUGCCCUUGACUGGAUGAGAAACAAUAAUGUUUCUCCUCAAGACGUCAAUAUGCAACCUCAAUUUGAAAAGUUGCCGUCCAUUCCAGUCACUAGAAGAUCUCCUGAAGACCGUAAGGCCGACACUGAUGAUAUUUUGGGUUGGUUGAGACAGGAUUGCAAUCCCGCCAUCGACCCAACCGGCGAAUUCACUCGCGUUGACCAGAUGUUGCCCAAGAAGAAGGGACAAAAGCCCAAGGAUCGCUCCCGUGACAUUGAAAACACCAUUGAUUGGAUGAGAUCUGUCGGUGUGAAGGCCGCAGAGGGGGAUGUUGCUCUGGGUCCAGAGAAACUUGGUUCUGUUCCAAUUUCUCGUCGAACUCCAGAAGAUCGGUUGGACGAUGUUGACCGCAUCAUGAAUUGGAUGCGUAAUCCUCAAGAUGAUUCAAUGGAUCCAACUGGAGAAUUCAUUACAGUUGACCAAAUGCUGCCAAAGAAGAAAGGACAAAAGCCCAAGGAUCGUGCCCGUGAAAUCGAGAGCACCGUUGACUGGAUGCGCAACAUGGGUGUCACUGUGGAUGAUGAGUCUGACGAACCUUUCAAUGUACUUCCAUCUAUUCCUUCGUCUAUUCGCACUCCAGAAGAGCGCAAAGACGAUGUUGAUGGUAUCAUGAACUGGCUACGCAACCCUGAUAUAAAGCUUGAUCCAACUGGCGAGUUUACUCGUUUUGAUCAAGCUCUUCCAAAAAGAGAGGGACAAACCGCAGAAGACAGAGCAACAGAAAUCGAGCAAGCUUUGGAUUGGAGCCGAAACAAUGCUAUUGGUUCGGGACCAUCCGAAGAAGACGGAGAAUUCGAUUCCGUUGGUUUGCUCGGUUCGACCCGUCGAUCUCCCGAAGAAAGGAAGGGCGAUGUUGAUGCUGUGUUGAGUUGGAUGCGUAACGGCAAGCCAGAAUCAAUGGAUCCAACUGGUGAAUUCAGCAAGGUCGAUCAGUUGUUGCCAAAGAAGAAGAAGCAAUCACCUGAUAGCCGCGCUCGUGAAAUCGAAGGUGCACUUGAUUGGAUGCGAAAUAAUGGCGUCACUCCUUCCGUUGGUGUGCCGCCCGCGGACUUUGAAAAGAUUCCCUCCCUUCCAGUGUCUCGCCGUAGUCCUGAGGAACGUGCCGAUGACGUUGGCAAUGCUUUGAACUGGCUUCGCAACCCACAGAACAAGAGCCUUGAUCCUACUGGCGAGUUUACAAAGAUCGACCAAGUUCUGCCCAAAAAGAAGGGACAAAAGCCGGAAGACCGUGCCAGAGAAAUUGAGGGCACCAUGGAUUGGAUGAGAAACAAGGGUCUCGCGCCCAGUGAAGAUGCCCCAGAAGGCAUUUUCCAGAAGCUUGGUUCGGUCCCAAUUUCUCGUCGCACCCCUGAGGAACGCAAAGGAGACGUCGAUGCUGUCAUGAACUGGAUGCGUAAUCCUCAAGAUGAUUCGGCUGACCCAACUGGUGAAUUCACUCGUGUUGACCAGUUGUUGCCAAAGAAAAAUGGACAAAAGCCCAAGGACCGUGCUCGUGAGAUUGAGGGUGCCCUUGACUGGAUGCGAAACAACGGAGUUUCGCCCACCGACGACGAGCUAAACCCAUCUUUCAGUCAGCUUCCUUCUGUUCCAGUCUCCAAGAGAUCACCUGAAGAUCGUAAGAAGGAAACAAACAAUGUUUUGAACUGGUUGCGAAACCCACAGGAUCAGAAGCUUGAUCCAACAGGAGAAUUCACCAGAGUGGACCAGAUGCUUCCGAAGAAGAAGGGACAAAAACCAGAAGAUCGCGCAAGAGAUAUUGAAGGUGCUCUUGAUUGGAUGAGGAACAAGGAUGUGAAACCCAGUGGAGAAGUCCCACAAGGCACAUUCCAGAAGCUUGGGUCCGUUCCAAUUUCUCGCCGUAGUCCUGAGGAACGCAAGAAGGAUGUUGACGCUGUCAUCAACUGGCAACGCAAUGGAAAGACAAGCCAAGAGGACCCAACUGGAGAAUUCACUCGUAUCGACCAAAUGUUGCCCAAGAAGAAGGGACAGAAGCCUGAGGAUCGUGCCCGUGAUAUCGAGGGUGCUCUCGACUGGAUGCGCAACAGCGGUGUCGAGCCCAGCAACGAAUCUCCGGAAGGCACUUUCGAGAAGCUCGGAUCUGUGCCAACUUCGCGUCGUUCACCAGAAGAUCGUGGCGAAGAACUUGAUAACGUCAUGAACUGGAUGCGCAAUGGCAAGGAUAAUCUCGAUGACACCAAUGGAGAGUUCGCAAAGAUCGAUCAAAUGCUACCCAAGAAGAAGGGCCAAAGCCCCCUUGAACGUGCCAAGGAAAUUGAAAGCGCUCUUGACUGGGUGCGUAAUGGGGCAUCCGACGAACCAGAUGAGAACACCGUGCCUCUAAGUAAAUUGGCAUCAGUUCCAAUUUCUCGUCGAAGCCCCGAAGAACGGAAGGGAGAAGUUGAUGCUAUCAUGAAUUGGCUCCGUAAUGGAAAACCCAAAUCUGAGGACCCUGAAGGCGAAUUUUCUAAGGUAGAUCAACUUCUUCCAAAGAAGAAGCAGUCCAACGAUGAUCGUGCCAGAGAUAUCGAAGGAACACUUGAUUGGAUGCGAAAUAGAGGUGUCGAACCUAGUGACGAUGCUCCAGAAGGCGCUUUUGAGACGCUUGGAUCAGUUCCGAUUUCUCGCCGUACACCAGAAGAGCGUAGCGGUGACGUUGACGACAUCUUGACUUGGAUGAGAACAAACAAGAAUGAUCAAGAUGAUCCAACUGGAGAAUUCACCAGGGUUGACCAGAUGCUACCAAAGAAGAAGGGCCAGAAGCCCGAGGAUCGCGCUCGAGAUAUCGAGAGUGCCUUGGACUGGAUGCGAAACACUGGUGUGAAGCCCAGUGAUGAUGUCCCACCAGGAACAUUCCACAAGCUUUCUAGUUUGCCUGUUUCCAAGAAGACUCCUGAAGAUCGAAAGCAAGAAACCGAUGAUGUGAUGAAUUGGCUAAGAAAUCCUAGCGACGACCAAAUGGAUCCAACAGGAGAGUUCUCCCGUAUGGAUCAAAUGCUUCCAAAGAAGAAGGGGCAGAAGCCGGAGGACCGUGCACGAGAUAUUGAAGGUGCGCUCGACUGGCACAGAAAUCACCCAGUUGAUGACGACAUCGUCGAUGAUGAAGGAGUGUUCGAGAAACUUGGUUCAAUUCCAGUUUCAAAGCGAACACCUGAGGACAGAAAGGAGGACCAAGAUGCAGUAUUGGAUUGGAUGCGAAGCGGAAAGAAUGCAACAAAGGAUCCAACUGGUGAAUUCUCAACUAUUGACCAGCUGUUGCCUCAAAAGCGACGCCAAACACCUGAGGACCGAGCUCGUGAUAUCGAAGGGAGUCUAGACUGGAUGAGGAAUAACGAUGUUCCAUCAGCGAAGGUGAAUGAGUUGCCAUAUGAAAUCGCUGGCAUGAUGAGUGCUAUUCCAAAGGGAGGAAAUGAGCACUCUCGUCCUGACGAUGAUAACCUUGACUGGAUGCGGUAUCCAGGAAGCCCGAUGGAUAUUGAGGACAACAGUCUUCCUUUCAACAGGCCAGGUGAUGUCAAUUCUAUCCCUAGAGAUGGACCACCACGUGAGGCUGAUGGUGAGAUGAAUUGGUCAAGAGACAAAAAUGAUUCAGUUCCAGGAGUUUCUGAUGAAGACUAUCAUCCGUUUGAGAAGCCUGGUAUGUUGAAUUCUAUCCCAACAUCUCGAGAGGAUAGCCCUGGACAUGAUGAUGAUAAUCUUGAUUGGAUUCGUCACCCUGGAGUUGGAACUCAAUUGGAUGAAGAGAAACUACCCUUCGAUAGACCAGGGGAAGUUCAAUCGAUUCCACGCGACGGUCUUCCAAAGAGCGAGGAAGAACCUGAAACAGACUGGACUCGCUAUCCAAACAAUAGUGUUCCUGGUGUUACAGAUGAAGCGCUUCCAUUUGACAGGCCGGAUCUGUUGAGCUCGGUACCAAAGCCGCGUGAUUCGGAUGACAAGGGAACCGAGGACAAUCUUAACUGGACUCGCUAUCCAAACCAAAAGGUGCCAGGUGUUCCAGAUGAAGAAAUGCCUUUCACCAAACCCGGAGACGUCCGAUCAAUUCCCCGACAUGGUGAAACCAAGCCGGAAGAUGAUUCCGAGUUCAUGUGGGCAAGACAUGUUCCAGAAGAUGAAUAUGAAGUAGUGCAACCAUUUGAGGCACCACCCAAAUCGAACAGGGUGUUGAGAUCAAAGAGACCAGAGGAAGAUGAUGAAGAAGACGAACUUAUGUGGAUUCGUUCUGUCUUCCCCGACUACGCACCAACUGACGAGGAAGAUGUCUUUGACCGUCCUGGUGAUCUUAGAUCCAUUCCACGAGGUGGUAAGCCUAAGACCUCAGACGAUCCUGAAUUUGGAUGGAAGAGAAGCGGUGGUAAGGUCAUUCCUGGAGUCCCAGACGACGAAGACAUUUUCAUUCGUCCUACAGUCCGUGACGUUCCACGUGACGGUAACCCUGAUGACGAAGACGAAGAUAGCAUCGGCGAAUGGUCUCGGUCGCCGAGUAGUAGAUCCUUAGUUCCUGAGGAGGAAAAUGUGUUUGAUAGACCAGGAGACAUCAGGUCAAUACCUCGUGCUGGCAAACCCCAUGAAGAAGGCUACCCCGCCCUGAGCUGGAACAGAAACCCAGCUUGGAAGAACCAAGGUGAACCGGAUGAAGAGAAUGUCUUCGAUCGCCCAGGUGAUUUGAGGUCGAUUCCACGUACUGGUCGCCCGCACGAUCAGGACUACCCAGAGAUGUUCUGGAAUAGAAAUGAUGUUUCGAGCCCAGACGAACAAUCUGACGAGGAGAAUGUCUUCGAUCGUCCUGGCGACUUGAGAUCUAUUCCUAGAGAUGGACGUCCUCGUGGUGAAAGCUAUCCUGAGAUGACCUGGGGUAGAAACGCAGUAGGUCCAAAACAGCUUAGUGCCCCUGAAGAAGAAAAUGUCUUUGAUAGACCCGGUGAUCUAAGAUCUAUCCCACGUGAUGGUAGACCAAAGGAUUCCGAUGACCCAGAGUUCGAAUGGGAGCGUCAGCCCUCGUUCAAGAGCAUUCCUGGAGUUCCUGACGAGGACAAUGUGUAUGAUCGCCCAGGAGACUUGAGAUCGAUCCCCCGUGAUGGCAGGCCAAAUGAAUUUGAUGAACCUGAGAUGAACUGGCAACGUCACUUCAGCAGCAAGUCCAUUGGAAUUAACCCUGUUGAGGAAGACUUGUUCGACCGCCCAGUUGAUGCAAGAUUGAUUCCACGUGAUGGUUCGCCUCCUGAUGAAGAGGAGGAAUUUGGCUGGCAACGCAACCCACAAUCUGACGAAUGGUACGAAGAGGAGCCUUUCGAGACUCCAACUUCUUCCACACCUGAAGUCAGAUCCAAGAUGCCCGAGGAAUUUGAUGAAGAGCCUGAAUAUGAUUGGUCUUCUGACAAGCCCGAGGAUGCUCAAUGGAAAAAGGAAGAACCAGAAUACGACUGGUCUGGAGGUCGCCCUGAUCAAUUACGUGCUGUUGAACCUGACUUCGACUGGAGUAGUGAUAAGCCCGAAGAUGCUCUGUGGAAAAAGGAGGAACCUGAAUACGACUGGAUGGUCACAAAGCCCAAUGAUGCCCUAUGGAGCAAGGAGGAGCCAAACUACGAUUGGUCUGGUGCCCGACCAUUUGACAGGCCGGAGGAUGCUUUGGUUACACUUCCUACAACCUCUCUGGACGACGACGAGCCAGGUGAAUACAACAAACCUUUCGACGAUAUCUCUGAAUACACCGAACUAGGUGAAGACAAGCCAAGACCUGUGACAGGCGUACCAUGUGCAGCAUGGACAAUGCUCGCUCUUGGUGCUGCUGCUGGUGGUGCAAUGACCAGUGGAACUGCCCCACAAGGUGCCGCAGUUGCAAGUCAAUUUGCAAAUAACAACAGUGUUGGUUCUACCACUGAUAGGCUCUACCCUGAUCCAGGAGCUUUACCCAAUUGUUCAACUGAUGCCAACUGUCAGAUCAUCAUGGAUGGUCUUUCACCUGUUCUUCCUCCCGAUGUUUUGGGAUUGUUUGACUUGCCUGGAACAUGUCAAACAAAGGCUCGUGAUUGGUUGCGUACAGGCAAGGACAUUCUCGAGUUCAAGGCAGAGCGUAUCCGCCAACGAUACGCCAUGAGUGUCUUCUUCUGUGAGAUGGACGGUGGAGACUGGAUUACAGGUGAUUCUUGGUUGUCCGACCUUCACGAGUGCGAUUGGUACAACAAGGUCGGACUUGAUCCGUGCAACAGACGUGAACAAAUGGAGAUGCUCCGUGUGACUGAUAAUGGUUUGGCUGGUACUUUGCCAGUCGAGCUGUUCAUUCUUUCCAAUCUCUACGAAUUCACUCUCGCAAAUAACAUGAUGUCUGGUACAUUGCCACAACUAUUUGACAAGUUCAAGGAGCUUGAUACUCUUGUGAUUCCAUUCAAUCAAUUCGAGGGAUCCUUCCCACACCAAAUCUGGGAAUACCCUGAUAUGGUAUACCUUGAUGUUGCCUACAAUGGUUUCACUGGUACAAUCCCCACGGAUAUUGACACCAGAAUGCCCAACUUGCAAGUGGUGUUCUUGGAGAAUAACAAUUUGUCUGGACCUAUUCCUGAGAACUUAGGUAACCUCAAACAGUUGCACAGAUUGCAUCUCGACGAUAACAAGUUCACUGGAAAGAUUCCUCCAACUCUUGGAUUGCCACCUCGCAUCAGCGAGCUUCUCCUUCACGAUAACCUUCUCACUGGAGAGGUACCAAAGGAGCUUGGUGAUCUGAACCGAUUGCAAUUGUUGACUCUUCACUACAACUCGUUCGAUGAACAAACCAUUGACGAGCACAUCUGUGACUUGAUGUACAACAAACAGUUGGAGUUGGCAACUGUCGACAAGGCAACCAUUAGCUGUGGCUGUUGUUCUCCAGGAGAAGAGUCUUUCGUAUAG